UGAAAACAAACCCUAGUUAAGCUGUCCCCACUAACAUGUCGAAGCUUUAUAAAGUUUCAGGCUCUCUCUUCUCUAUAGCCAUUUAUUUGUUUCCGAAAGGGAAAGAAGAAAAUCAGAGACUAAAAGAACCAGAGAGUUCAAAAGCGACGGCACACAAAAGCUUCACGAAUUCAUCACAGAGGAGAAGAAAUGGCGUUCUAUGGCGAUGAAGACGACGUAUGGAAAUGUCUAAAACACCCUUCCAAACGGCGGAGGAUCGGAAUAUGUCCUCUCUGCCUCCGUGACCGCCUCCUCACUCUCUGCCCUGACUGCGCCAACGUACGUCCUUGCAACUGUUGUGUAACUACCACCACCACCACUACCUCUUCUUCUUCUUCUUCUUCCUCCUCUUUCUCUCGCUUCUCCUCCGCGGAUGUUACCUCUCUCGGAUCCGUUGGCCGUCUCUCGAAUCUGAUUGACGGCGAGCCGGCCUUCCGCCGCUCUCGCUCUCUCGCUGCGAUUCCGUUUCUCCGAUCGAGAUCGCGACUCGUUUCAGAUUCGGAAGACUGUUCGUCGUCUGGUAAUAGUGCUAGAGCGUCGUCGUUUUGGUCGAUUUUCAGGUCGAGGAGUAAGAGGAGCGGCCAUGACAGCGGAAGAACCGAGACAGCAGCGGAAAUCGAAUUCAGGCGGAGAGAGAAGGAGGUAGCGGAAGUUGAAGAGGCGAUGAGACGAACGUUGAUGAUCCGGUCAAGAUCAGUUGUGGUUUCCGAUUCUAGCGGGAGAUUCGUCCGGCCACCAGUGAAGGCUAAGACGUGGUACUUUCCGAGUCCGAUCAAAGCUUUUCGGCAAUCGAAGAUUUCAAAGGCCGUUCUCACGGAACGGUCUCCGUUACACAGAGGUUAAAUCUCAAUUGCUUUCGUCUCAUUUUCGAAUUUCAAAUUUCAAAUUUCGAAUUGAAAAUCUGAAGAACUAAGACAAUAUUUAAAGAGAAAAAAAAAAAAAGCAAAGCAGAAUCAGAAGCUGAUGUCGUAGUUGAAAUUGAAGAAUAUGCAUAUUGUUACAUUUUUCUUUUCUUUUCCUUUUGGCGCUUGGAAUUCUGUGAACGAAAAGAAGUUUGUGUAAUUAUUAGUGCAAGAUUUGUGAAUGUUCAUCUCUGGUCAUUGUCUGUAAUAUAGAUGAGGGGCCAAGAAUAUGAUGAAUGUUAGAGAGAUUGAUUCUGAUAAGGGAAAAGAAAAGCAAUAAUUGGGAGAAAUAGGGACAUUAUUUGGUUGAAAUGGGAGAUUAUCACUAUAUUUGAUUUGGUGACAUUUUGCCAAACUCGCUUUAUUUAGGGCAAUGAGGAAGAAAGUGUUUGUAAGUUUAAGAAUCUUUGGAAGAAGGGGCUUUUAGCUACCUCAUAUCUCAUCAUUAUUUCUUCUUCCGGUUCA